ACGCCACCCUUUCCCCUCCCGUCUCUUCCCACGCACGUGCAGCGGAGAGAAAUGGCGCUUCUCUCCGCGAACCUCCUCUCCCCCAACAAAACCCUAAUCCCCUCCCUCGACCUCCUCAGAAACCCUAAUCUCUCCCCCAUUUCCCCUCUGAAUCCCCUCCUAUCCUCCCCUCCUCCGAAGCGCCUCGUCGUAUCCGCUUCUUCCUCCUCCUUCUCCGCCGCCGCCGCAGCCUCCGCAGAUCCCGAUCUCCAGGAGAUCACGAAACCAUUCCCCCAAACCCUAUCCAAUUGGGGCGAGUUCGCGAGGCGAGUAUCCGGCGAAUGGGACGGAUUCGGCGCCGAGUUCACCCCCGAGGGCAACCCUAUCGAGCUCCCGGAGUCCGUCGUCCCCGAGGCGUUCCGGGAAUGGGGGGUCGAGGUCUUCGAUUGGCAAACGCAGUGCCCUACCCUCGCGUCCGAAUCGGGCGAUCCCGUGCUUUGCUACAAGCUCAUCAAGCUGCUCCCCACCGUCGGAUGCGAGGCCGACGCCGCCACGAGGCACAGCGUCGAGGAGCGGAUCGCGGGGAGCUCGGAGGGUAGGGUUUCCGCAUUAGGGUUCGAUCCGAGCGGUUCGUAUGUCGCCGCAUGGCCCGUCGAUGGUCAGGGAGGGAAGAAGCUGUUGGAAGUGGAGCAUUGCUUGGUGGAUCCUGCGAAUAAGGAAGGGCGAGUGAGAGUGAUUCAGGUUACUGCGGCGGAGGAAGAGGGGAUGAGAUUGGAGGCGAUUAGGGUCUUCUCGGAGCAGUGGUAUGGACCCUUCCGGAAUGGGGAGCAGCUUGGAGGGUGCGCAAUUAGGGAAUCAGGCUUUGCGUCGAGCAGCGCACUUAGGGUGUCUGAUGUUGUGGGUGUUUGGCAGGGGAUAACUUCUUCGGUUGCUAGAUUCGGAGCAGAGCAAAUGGAAAUAUUACAAGAACUCUUUCCCAGUAAGCCAGGAAAGAUUGUUAGAGAUCAGCUUGGCCUUGUUACACUGCCAAAGCAAUUAUGGUGUUCUUUCAAAGUAGAUGAUGGUGAGAUAACUGGGGAAGUUGGAUGGUUGUUUGAUCACGGUAGAGCGAUCACAUCGAGAUGCCUCCUCUCCAAGGAUAGAAAACUUAAGGAGAUGGCAUUUGGUCAUGAAAUAGCAGUUGCGGAGGAUGCAUAGCUUUCGAGUUUAUAAAGUCUAUAAAUUGUUACAUGUUAUUUGUUACUAGACAAAUGUAUCUAGCUCAAUAAAUAAUAGUUAUCUUGUAUUUCAAGUCAUAUAUUGUCAAAAUGAUAUUGCGUUUAAUUUAUUGAUAUCUGAGAAUCAGUUUUGUUUUUUGCUUUU